UAUGUGCUGCCUCUCCAUGAUCGAUCCCAACCUAACACAAGCGUUGACACCCAGAAGCUGAAGAGGGCUACUACUAGUACCGGACCGCCGGUGACCAUUCCACCGGCACACGCACGGCCGCGAGAGGGUCUGAUCGAGUACACGCAAUGUCUCGCGCUUCUUGGCUCCUGGCGUGCUCCCCGUGCGCCGGGCUCGCGUUGCUAGCCGCGCUCACCACCGGCCUGCUGGUCCUCGGCUACGCGUCGAGCUCCUUCCUCAGGGAUCCGGCGUAUGGGUACGACGACCCCUACAGCCCGGACGCCGCCGACGCUGCGUCGACGGCACCGCCGGCGACCGUCCCGAGGCGCGGGGCCGGGUACCCGCCGGUGCUCGCGUACUACAUCUCCGGCGGGCACGGCGACUCCGUCAGGAUGACGCGGCUGCUCAAGGCCGUGUACCACCCGAGGAACCGGUACCUGCUGCACCUGGACGCCGGCGCGGGAGCCUACGAGCGGGCGCGGCUAGCCGGCUACGUCAGGUCGGAACAGCCGUUCCUCGAGUACGGGAACGUGCACGUCGUCGGCAAGGGGAGCCCCGUCGACGGCCGCGGCGCGUCCGUCGUCGCCGCCGUGCUCCGCGGCGCCUCCGUUCUCAUGAGGCUUGGCGCCGACUGGGACUGGCUCGUCACGCUCGCCGCCACGGACUACCCGCUCGUAUCGCAGGACGACCUUCUCUACGCCUUCUCCACCGUGCCGAGGGACCUCAACUUCAUCGACCACAGGAUGGACUCCGAGACCGCGCCGGUGGUCGUGCUGGACCAGAAUCUCCUGCAGAACACCAACGCCGAGAUCUCCUUCUCGUCGGGGCACCGUCCAAAGCCUGAUGCGUUCGAGCUCUUCAAAGGUUCUCCCUGGACGGUACUGAGCCGGGCCUUCGCGGAGCACUGCGUGGUGGCGCCCGACAACCUCCCGAGGACGAUGCUCAUGUACUUCAGCAACGCCCUGAACCCCAUGGAGUUCUACUUCCAGACGGUCAUGGCCAACUCGGCGCACUUCAAGAACAGCACCGUCAACCACACCUUCCGGAUCGCCGUCCCGGAGACCGCGCCGCCUCACCGGUCGCGGUACGACGCCGUGGUGAGCAGCGGCGCGGCCUUCGCCGGCCGGUUCGGUGACGACGGCGACGAGGCGCUGCUGCAGAGGAUAGACGAGGAGCUGCUCAGGCGACCGCUUGACGGCGUCACGCCGGGACGGUGGUGCGCCGGCAGCGACGAGCAGGCAGCGGGCGAGGAGUGCUCCGUCGGCGGCGACAUUGACGUUGUCAGGCAGGGCGAGGCGGGACAGAGGCUGGCGAGCUUGAUGGCCGGCCUUGUCGGGGCCGGACCGUGAGGGCGCAUUGAGCAUCGAGUACGAAAACACAAAUAUUAUAGUACACGUGGCUCGCUGUACGCUAACACAAAUACAGUAGUAAAAAGUUGCUUUGCAGGCCUGCUGCCAAGUCGCAAUGGUCCGACAUGUGUAGGAGUUCGCUGGGAGUUCCUUCUCAGCGAAUGUUCACCAGUUAUGUUUACUAAUUGUUUUUUAGAUAGCUAUAGCUAUAACCACUCAUUUUAAGUGGUUUUUUACUUUUAAAAAAAUAUAUUUACUAAUUGUUCGAUCUGGUGUAUCGUAUAAAAAUCGUACGCGAGGUGCGCAUAGCACAACUCUUCUUGUUUAGUACUUUGAUAAAUAUUAUGUGCUUAAAUUGUUGCAA